UUCGCGGCGGGGGCCGGCUGGCGCUUCCCCAGUACCCGGGUCGGCGAUUCCCACGGAGACGCGCUCUGGAGCGUACGCCAGAGAGUGCAGCGUGGGCCCCGCUCGGGCAAGCCCAGCACCUGCGCCCCAGAGAGGCUCGGUCACUCGGCUGGCACUCGCCUCCCGGGCCGCUCGAGAGGGCGGCCGGCACGUCAGAACCCGCGUCCCAGGGCGGUCGUCCGUCUCUGGCUGUCCCCACUGAAGAAAUGGAUUUGGAUCGGCUCGACCUGCAUCCCAGAAUCAUCAUUGCAGUUAAGAAAGCCAAACUGAGGUCAGUGAAGGAGGUCCUGCAUCUUUCUGGGCCAGAUCUGCAAAGACUGACUCGCCUUUCCAGCCCUGACGUGCGGCUCCUACUGAGGGCAGCCGCCUCACUCCUGCAGGGACAUGGCGUUUGCACAGCGCUGCACCUGCUCCGGCAAGAGGGGCUGUUCCCGCAGCAGCACCAGCGCCUGAGCCUGGGCUGCCCCGUGCUGGACGCGCUGCUCCGCGGCGGGCUGCCCCUGGACGGCAUCACCGAGCUGGCCGGAUGCAGCUCGGCCGGGAAGACCCAGCUGGCGCUUCAGCUCUGCCUGGCCGUGCAGCUGCCGCGGCAGUACGGAGGCCUGGGGGCCGGGGCCGUGUACGUGUGCACAGAGGACGCCUUCCCCAGCCGCCGUCUGCAGCAGCUGAUCGCCCAGCAGCAGCGCCUGAGGGCAGACGUCCCAGGGGACGUGAUCUCGAAGAUCAAGUUCGGCCACCAGAUCUUCAUCGAGCACGCAGCCGACGUGGACACCCUGCUGCACUGCGUGAGUGAGAAGGUGCCAGUGCUGCUGGCGCGGGGAAUGGCCCGGCUGGUGGUCGUCGACUCCGUGGCAGCCCCCUUCCGCUGCGAGUUCGACGGAGCGGCCCUGGCCCUCAGGGCCCAGCGUCUGCUGGCGCUGGGAGCCGAGCUGCGGCGGCUGAGCUGCGCCUUCCGGAGCCCCGUGCUGUGUGUCAACCAGGUGACGGAGGCCCUGGAGGAGCAGGACUCAGUGGCCGGGCUGCCAGGGAUGUCCCCAGCCCUGGGAAUAACCUGGGCCAACCAGCUGCUCGUGAGGCUGCUGGCCGACCGGCAGCGCCCCGAGGAGACUGCGCUCGCCCCGCCUGGCCGCACCCUCAGGGUGGUGUUUGCCCCCCACCUGCCGUCCUCAUCCUGCUCCUACACCAUCACCUCCGAGGGCGUGCGGGGGACACCUGGGACUACGUGCGGCUGACCGCGGCGUCCAGGAUCCCCCUCGGGGUGCAGAGCUGCCCCUGCUGCAGGAGGCGGCUCAGCCCGUCUGCAGAAAGCCCUUCUGGGCCCACGAGGACUCGUCUACAAGGGCAGCAGCUCCCGGUGUGCUGCAGCGGCUGGGACCUCGGUCCUGGCCUUGGGGGAAAGGGGGGGUCCACUCUGGCAGGAACUGCUGCCCAGACCCAGCUCCCCACCACGGCCGGUGCUUCUGCACAGAACACGGGCCCUCGGCUCAGCCCGGCCACGACCAUCCCGUGUGGAAGCACGAGGCCCUGCAGUCACGGAGGACACACAGGCCCAGUUCCAGAAGGGCUGAGUCACCCUCGCCAUGCCUCUGCCCACCUCCGCCAGGCAGCCGGCCCAGCAGCUGUGGACAAACGCGCUGAGUGAAGGUGCCCGCCGCCCCGGGCCCUCAGCAGCACUGGCCCUCUGCUGGGCCUCCCCCACCCGACGUCCACCCCCACGGCCGCUCUGCUGGCAGGGUGCAGGCCGACCCCCCCCGCGCCCCGGGCCCGCCCUGCGGGCUCUCAGCUGGACCGCCAGCCCUGGCCAUUGGCACUCUGUUGUGUGUUUUCCUAGGACAGGAUGAUCCAUUUCCAGCUUUCAUCAUGUUUUCAAAGUAGCCUGUGACCCUAAAAGACCGAGUGGCCAGUGUUAAAUAGGAAAAGCUGCUUUCAGGCUUGGAGUUUUACAGAAGAGCCUUUCUGCAAAGUACAGGGACUUUACAACAGGAAAUAAAAGUUUAUUUUUGUAAUUAA